UAGGUUAUGAUUUGUUGUUUACAAUUUUUUUAAAUUUCUGCUUAGAUUUUAUCUGUUGGACAAAGUUCAUUAGUGGCCUAGAUAACGUUUAAUUAAGUCAUUUGACAUUUUCUGAAUGCUGUUCAAAGUGUCCUUGUUAUUGGUAGGUGAUGGCAAGUUAUGUCAUUCAUUCUUACUCAGGAAAUUUGUAUCUCUGAUUGUUACACAAGGGUUUUCCCAUUUUCAGGAUCAUCGACACAAAACAGUGAUAGCCAAAUAUUUUUGUCAGCCAGCAUUAACAAUGGCAACGAAUCCGUCAAAUAUUGGUUUGUUUCAAGGAAAACCGGAUAGAUUUGAAGGCAUAACAGUGUUUUCCGAUUUGGAACCAUGUAAUGUUGAAGAUUUUCCCGAUAAGCUCAAAAAUUCUUUGAAUACCUGGAGGACUGACAAGAAACGAGGUGUCUGGUUCAAAGUUCAUUUAGAUCAGUGUGAAUGGGUUCCUAUUUUGAUCAAGAAUGGGUUCAAAUACCAUCAUGCCAAAGAAGACUAUGUAAUGCUUUACAUUUGGUUACCGACGAAUGAAUCCGACAAUGUCCCGAAUUAUGCGCAUACGCUGGUUGGUGUUGGAGCUGUUGUAGUUAAUGAUGCCGAUCAAGUUUUGGUCGUUAAGGAGAAAUAUUUUUAUAAAGUUCCUAUGUGGAAAUUGCCUGGAGGAUACGUCGAACCAGGCGAAAAUUUAGUAGAUGCAGCAAUUCGCGAGGUAUUAGAAGAAACUAACAUCCAAACUGAAUUUGAGUCUGUGUUAACAUUCAGACAAGGACAAAGCGGCAUGUUUGGAUGUUCCGAUCUCUAUUUUGUUGUUAAUUUAAAGGCGUUAAGCCAGGACAUACAAAAAUGCACUAGAGAAAUUGCAGAUUGCCAGUGGAUGGAUAUUAAAGAGUAUCUAAAUCAUCCGCAAGUGCACGAAUUAAACAGGUUUUUUGUCAGCAAACUUAUGCACCAUCGUAAACAUAAUUUAAAAAUCGACUGCCAUCAUGGUCUCCACCAACUGCUCCAAAAACCAUUCACGGUUUAUUCGGUAUUUAAAACUGAUGAUGUGGACGAUUCCGACAAAAUACCGUUCACUUUUAUAUCCGGGGCUAGUAGUAAGUCUAGUUGAUCGUUUAGUUGAAUAGGUGGACAGUUUUAGUUCAAUACAGGACAUGUGUAAUUAUAUUUUAUCAAUCUGACUGAGGAAGAAUGUACAGAGUUGUCGUUAAUGCUUAAAUAAAAUAUUUUUAUUACUAUUGAAAAA